AUGAAGCUCUCGCCGGGAGUGACGCUGCCGUUCGCGGCGUGGAUCGCGCCCAAGACGGCGCUGAGGGGUGCGCCCGAGGUGGCGGCGGCGUCGUCCGACAGCAGCAAAGGUGGCCCGCCGCCAUUCUUCAGCAAGGCCGAGGCGCGGCCGGGCGUGUCGUGCGACUGGUUCACGCAGCCCGUCGACCACGACCACCCCAACGGCACCCUGGGCACGUGGACGCAGCAGUAUUGCGUCAGUCGCGAGUGGUGGGCCGGGCCGGGGUCUCCGGUCGUCAUCAUGACGCCCGGCGAGGUGCCCAUGGUCGGCUCCGUGUCGCCGGGGCUGGGGUACACAUUCGUCGACAACACGACCAUGGUCGGCAUGUACGCGCAGGCGAUCGGCGCCGCGACGGUGGUGCUGGAGCACCGGUUCUUUGGCAGCUCGUCGCCCUUUGACGGCAUGGACUCCGAGACGCUGCAGUACCUGACGAUGGAGCAGGCGGCGGCUGACGUGGUCAACUUUGCGAGGACCAUCGUCUUUCCCUUCGACUUGAAUCAGUCGAGCGUGGCCACGAAGGCUCCAUGGGUCUACUGGGGCGCGUCGUACUCGGCGACGCUCGGCAGCUGGAUCGAGCACUUCCACCCGGGGGCGUUCUUCGCGUUCCACCUGAGCAGCGCGACGGUCGAGGCCAACUCCAACAACUGGUACUACUACGACGCGAUCCGCGAGGGCAUCAACUCGAAGCGCAACGACACGGCGAGCGUGAGCGGGGGCUGCAGUCUCGCGUUCAGCAACGUCGUCAAGUUCGUCGACAGCUUCCUGCUCGCCCCGACGCGCAACGCGACCCAGGUCGAUGCGCUGAAGCAGUUCUUCGGCGCCACGUUCCCCAUCGAGGACGACGACUUUGCCUACGACACUCAGGCCGUGCAGGACGACAUUCUCGGCACAAUACCCGGAGUGGUGACAAACUAUGCGGCUUAUUUUAAGCAGAACUUUCGCGAUUCAACGUGCACCUACUUCGACGUCUGGGGCCAAGAGGACCCGCUGUGGUGCCUGAACACGCACGACUUGUUGAACCCCUUCUUCGAGGCCCGGACACUGGGCAACCCAUGGCGGACCUGGUACUGGCUGCUGUGUAACGAACCCAUCGCGUCGUGGGCGACAGGGGCGCCGGCCGGAAAGCUGUCGCUUGUGUCGCGCAAGAUCGACUCGACGUAUUGGCAGCGGCAGUGCGAGAUGCACUUCCCCGAGACCAACGGCCAGGAGUACGGGAGCGCCAUGGGCAAGACACCCGACACGCUCAACAAGGCGACAGGCGGAUGGCUGCGGAACUCGACGCGCGUCAUCUACACCACCGGCGAGUUCGACCCGUGGCGAUCAACCACCAUGUCCAGCGAGAUCCGACCCGGGGGGCCGCUCAAGUCAAGCGAUAAUGUAGCCGUGUUCCUCAUCAAAAACGCCCAGCACGGCGACGAGGCCUUCACUGCCCGGGGUCUAGAAAGCAGCAGGACGAGGAUCAACCCGUACGUCCAAGAGGUACAGGACAAGUCGGUCGAAAUCAUGAAGAAGUGGAUUUCCCAGUACAAAGCUCCAACGGCAGGCACAUAGGAUGGCGUGGGUCGCUCCAUGGGGUGGAAUUGUGCUCUUUGGAUUUCUCCGACGGUGUUCCGUCCGUUCCGCAGGAUAAUGAUGAUGACACAGCAAGACAAACAUCGUCGAGUGUGUGACUAUGUGUUGACCUUCUCGCCGACCGCGUCUAAAAAUGGGUAGAUGAUGGUGCACAGGGCUUGUAGAAAACAAUCUGGGGCAGGGAGCGACCGACCACUUGGCAUCCCAAUCUGAUCUUCGGCACCUCGAUGUGCAAGAGAACCAGUGAGCGAACCGACACCACGCCAUGCAUCCCCUACCCAAAGCAAUCGCCAGGUCUGUAAUGGGUGUAUAGCAAAGUAGGCACUAGCCCUGUAUUUAAUGCGCAAUGAUAGCGAAUCAGAGAGCAAUCUAGAUUUCUUGCCCUGAAACCCAGUCAUUGUGACGGCUGGUCCUUGUAUG